UCUAAACACACACCAGAAACUACAAUAUGAUCAGUCUUCGUAUUAUCUGUUUAAUGGCCUCUCUCUUUACAGUUUCUCGUGCAACCAUCUCCUCCUUCAGAUAUAUCGCGAAACUAGAACUCGAUAACAAGAUGUCCAAUGAGGAACUUGUAGGACAACACAAAGCCCAUUCUUUAAGUGAGUGUGCUGCCAUCUGUCAGAGAGAUUGCGGUAUCUUCGGGUACAAUCCUACGCUGAAGAAAUGCCGGACCCACAAGAAGACCUUCACUUCCGGAAUGUCGGACGAAAACGGAUGGCGGUAUUACUUUCCGGAAUUUCUUCCCUCAGAUUGUAAGGCACAUCGUGCCAAUGGUUAUGAUAAAUCGGACGCGUACGAUAUUUACCCAUACGGGAUAAAGUCCAUUCCGGUCAAGGUUCAUUGUAAUAUGGAUAUAAUGGGCGGCGGAUGGACGGCAAUCCAAAAACGAUUUGAUGGAUCCAUCAGCUUUGACAGAAACUGGACAGACUACAAAAAUGGCUUUGGUGAACCGGAACAGGAAGUUUGGAUUGGAAAUGACGUAAUCCAUCAAUUAACAAAAGAAAACACCUCAUCCCUGUAUGUGACCAUAACUCUACAGAAUGGUACAACACUUUAUGAAAUGUACGAUGGAUUCUCUGUCUCCAGUGAAGCUGGAAAAUAUCAACUCUUUCUUGCAGGACCUGCCACGGGAACCUUAGGAGUCAGUAUGUUGGACACCGGUUAUCCUAAUAACUUUGAUCUGUCUGGGAUGUCCUUCAGUACCCCGGACAGAGAUAACGACGGGUAUAGUUAUGGUAACUGUGCUGCUCACUACAGAGGAGGCUGGUGGUACAAUGACUGUCACUCCGCCUUCCUUAACGGUCCCUGGUCCCCGGAGUCCUGGUCCUGGCCAUGGUUUCCCACAGUAGAGAAUGGGACAUCAGUGAAGGGGACCACCGUGAUGAUCAGACGUCAUUAGACGAAAGAUCAUCCAUGGAUUACGGAAACCCCCAAGAGACGAUUUUAAAUUAAUUUUUAUCGCUGAGUUCUUUUUUUUAAUAUUUAACAUCAAGUAACAAACAGUAAAAGAAGGUGGUUGAACGGCUCUGCAAAGCGAUACUGGAUGUAUUCAGUAAAAGAUGUAUUUUAUAUGUGUU